GGAGGGGGUGGCAGAAGCUAGAAGACCAAGGACCUCUUCACUGAUUAUCUGCAGCUGCAGCAGUGGGAACUAAGGUUACCACCCAGCGGGACCAUGUCUGACAAGCGGCCUGUAGCGACAGACACAAAAAGCCGGCGGCUCCAGGACUCCUUCAAUGAUAACCCCAGUAAGGGCCUUGGUUUCUGUGGAUGGAUUCUGGUGGUUGUAUCCUUCUUCUUCACAGUUAUUACCUUCCCAUUCUCAGUCUGGAUGUGCAUAAAGAUCAUAAAGGAGUAUGAGAGAGCUAUCAUCUUCAGACUGGGUCGAAUUUUACAGGGAGGAGCCAAAGGGCCAGGGCUCUUCUUUAUCCUGCCUUGCACUGACAGCUUUAUCAAAGUGGACAUGAGGACCAUUUCAUUUGAUAUUCCUCCUCAAGAGAUUCUCACCAAGGACUCUGUGACUGUCAGCGUGGAUGGAGUGGUCUAUUACCGUGUCCAGAAUGCCACCCUGGCAGUGGCUAACAUCACCAAUGCUGACUCAGCCACUCGCCUCCUGGCACAGACCACCCUGAGGAAUGUCCUGGGCACCAAAAAUCUCUCUCAGAUCCUCUCUGACCGGGAGGAGAUUGCCCAUAACAUGCAGGCCACUCUGGAUGAUGCCACUGAUGACUGGGGAAUAAAGGUGGAACGUGUGGAGAUUAAAGAUGUGAAGUUGCCCGUGCAACUGCAGAGAGCCAUGGCUGCAGAGGCUGAGGCUUCCCGGGAGGCCCGAGCUAAGGUCAUUGCUGCAGAAGGGGAGAUGAAUGCUUCUCGGGCCUUAAAAGAAGCCUCAAUGGUCAUCACUGAGUCCCCCGCUGCUCUCCAGCUGCGCUACCUGCAGACCCUGACAACCAUUGCUGCCGAGAAAAACUCAACCAUUGUCUUUCCACUGCCCAUAGACAUGCUUCAGAGCAUUGUAGGGGCAAAGCACUAGGCUUCCCUGGGACUGGGCAGAGCUGAGCUGCCCAGAAGGAUGGCUGAGCUGGGGAACCAAAGUAGCCUUUAGUCUGCAAAGAGUGAGUGGGGUGAGGAGCUUUCACCCUUCCUCCUUCCCUUUCUUCUCCUUUCUGUCUUGGUAUGCUGAGUUUGGUGUGCUUAGACUAUCUAGUGAUCAUAAGAACAAGCCAAUGAGUCAUUAGCUUUGGUGACUCUUGAAAGAGAUCAGACAGCUGGAUGAUUUAUGAUACUUUAUACUUUUCUUCUUGUAGCUCAGACACCUCUUUUGGUUGGGUCCGUCCAUUGCUCAUUUUGGCAGCCCAGGGAAAGGGCAAAUACUGGCUGACCUUCCGAUCACCAUUCCUCUCACCCCUUUUCCCACAUUUACGAACUCAGUCUAGAAA